AUGUUCGCCCGCAGCCUCAAGUCAAUGGUGACCCCACCUUGCUCCUUCUCUGCUCGACCCCUCCCCUCUGUGCUCAAUUGCACACGCUCCCCCUUCCUCUCCCUCCGACCUUUCUCUCAAUCGUCUGCGGCCAUGGCUUCCCAGGUGUUCUUUGACGUGGAAUAUGAACCCCAAAACGCUCAGGGUACAACCAAGACGGGCCGCAUCGUCUUUAACCUCUUUGACGACGUCGUCCCGAGGACUGCCAACAACUUCCGGUCGCUAGCCUCUGGUAAAAAUGAAAAGGGCUAUAGCUACAAGGGGUCUCCCUUCCACCGUAUCAUUCCCGAUUUCAUGCUCCAGGGUGGUGACUUUACCCGCGGUAAUGGCACUGGCGGCAAAUCUAUAUACGAUAGUGCAAAGUUGGGCGAACAAUUUGCCGAUGAGAACUUCCAGCUCAAGCACACCAAGCCUGGAAUUCUUUCUAUGGCCAACGCCGGGCCCAAUACAAAUGGCUCCCAAUUCUUUAUUACCACCGUCGUAACCUCAUGGCUUGACGGCAACCACGUCGUUUUCGGUGAAGUUGCUGAUACUGAUUCCUACAAGAUCGUCAAGGAGAUCGAGGCUCUCGGCAGCUCGUCCGGUGCAGUUAGAUCCAAGUUCAGGCCCACAGUUGUUGACUGUGGCGAGGUUGAAACCAAAUAG